AUGUGGAAGUGGCCUCAGCCCUCAACGAGCACAGACACUUUCAUCAGCACUGCUCUCCACAAUCUAUCCUGUGCUGAAUACUGGAAACAAAGUGUCACAGCCAGUCGAGAACUCUACUACCGUCGAGUGUGCAGCCAAAUUGCUAAAGCUGGGGAUCUGUCUCUCCUUCAAUGGGCCCAUCGAAAAGGAUUGCCUUGGUCCAAAGACACCUGCGAGAUAGCCGCCAAGCACGGCCGUCUGGAUUGCCUAAAAUUUGCCCAUGAACAUGGCUCCCCGUGGGACACUGAAACAUGUAAAAAUGCUGCCAAGAAUGGCCAUUUAGACACCCUACAAUAUGCCCACAAAAAUGGCUGUGAAUGGGGUGAAGACACAUGCAGCAAAGCUGCCAAGAAUGGCCACUUGGAAAUCCUGAAGUAUGCUCAUGAAAAUUGCUGUCCCUGGGAUGUGUCCACCUGUGAAAAUGCUGCUGAGAAUGGCCAUAUUGAUAUACUGAAGUAUGCCCAUGAAAAGGGCUGUCCAUGGGAUGAAGAUACAUGUGGCCAUGCUGCUAUUGGUGGCCAUUUCGAAAUUCUACAGUAUCUCCGAGCAGAGGGCUGUCCAUGGGAUGGCACCACGUGUCACUAUGCUGCUGAGAAUGGCCACCUGGAAAUCCUAAAAUACGCCCGGGAAAAUGGCUGUGAAUGGGAUGAAAACACAACCUGCCAUGCUGCUAAAAAUGGUCAUUUUGAAAUCCUGAAGUACGCCCGUGAAAAUGGCUGCGAAUGGGAUGAAGACACAACCCGCCAUGCUGCUGAGAAUGGCCACAUGGAAUGUGUGAGAUAUGCCCAUGAAAAUGGCUGUCCUUGGGUGUGA